UGGCAGAUUGAUCCCAGCACACCAUUUGGGAACGUUAUUCGGAGUACAGCGGACAUGUUACAGCCACACAAAUCGGGAUUCGCCUCCUGCAAUGAUGACCUUGGUGUGCGACGUGUGAAAGUCGUGAAUUCAUCUGGUACAUUUGGUCAUUGUCUAGUGCACAUGGGCGCCGGUGACCGGAAGGGCAGGGCAUCUUUUGAUCUUCCCAAGGGCAUGCAAAUGCAUCUACCUUACUUCGGGCUGAGAGACUAUCAUAACGUUAGUGUGUUGGUAAGAUCUGUCGAUUGGAAGGGGAUGCAGGGGAGUUAGCGUUAGUUGUUCUACAGUGGGUGUGAAGCGUGAGAUAUGACAGCUCCAGCCAGGACUGCUUUCCCAGACCGCUACACUAUCAGAACUCAGCCCUUUGACUGAAAGUCAGAUACGAUAAUCUGUUUCGAUCUGUCUGUCUGUCUGUCUGUCUGUCUACGAUAUCACACUAUGAGGUUGUUGCAGUCGGGUUUCUGUCAACACAUGGGGCUCACACGUCCAUACCUGCAGGAUCGAUCUAUGGGGUGAUCGAGCGAUCGAUGGCCUGUCAGUCAAGGUAGUUCUCACACUCCAGGAAUCUUGACAAGACCAGGAAAUGGUGGCAGGGAUGAAAUGGCUGGCUGAGCCACUUCAUCCCCCAGUUAUCAACAGGAUGACGUUGGUCAAAUGGAAUGAAAGCGGGAGUCUCCAGGUGGACCGCUUAUAACUGUACAACAUUCCUUUCGGAGGAUUGAAUUGGCAGGAAUUCAUUAAGAUUUGA